CGCAGGAAGGAGGUGGAGGAGUAUGGCUACAACCCCAACCACGAUCCAACACUCCCUGCAGUCGGCGCUGCCCCCCAGAUGGUCGAGGACGACAGCGGGUACCGAGGAUGGGGCAACACAGCAACCAGCUCGGGCCGCAAAGCCUCCACCACCCUCACCGGCGGCAUGGCCUACUCAGACAGCACCAGCAACCCAGAUGCCUACAACCCCAGCUCCCCAACCCACGGUGCCUACUCCGACGCGCCCUCAGGCGACCCAUUGAUGAACGGACGACGCGAGACAAUGGACUCAGACGGCCUCGCUGCUCUCGGUGCCGUCGGCGCCGCAGCCCCCAACUCCACCCAGAACCAAGCCGGCGUCAAGCGCGGGAUAUCAAACGCCUCCUCCACCUACUCUGCCGCCGACCACUCAGACAACUCCGGCGACUACCCCGGCAUGACAACAACCCACCACAACGAAUACUACGCCGAUCAGGGGUACUACCAGGCCAAUCCGUACGGCAACGACCCGUACGGCGCUGGAGGCCAGCCCGUAAUACGAGAUGUUAGUGCGCGGCGGAACACGCAGAUUCAGAACCCUAGUGUUUUCCCUCAACAAGGGAAUUCGGGGAUUUCGCAAAACUUUUAG